CGCCCCCGCCCCCGCCCCGGUGCUUGGCCACCUGCCCGGGAAACUGGUGGUAGAUUGUUGCCCUCGGGUCGCUCCGGGGCGGGGACACGGAAACUGGCCAUGGAAGGUACGUCGGGGGCUCGGGAGCCCCGGGCCCGGCCGAGAGAGCGGGACCCAGACCGGCACCCCCGCCCGGACCGAGACCGCCACCCCGAGCGACACCGGGACCGAUCCGGGGACCGGCGGAGGGAGAGAAACGGGGGCGAGCGGAGGGACGGGGACCGGGACAGGGGAAGGCACCGAGACCCUCGCCAGGACAGACACCGGGUCGGGGACCUUCGCGCCGGUGAACAGAGAGUCUGGGAAAAGUCCCAUCAAAGUCGGACGCGGGACAGACCCCGGAGGCCGACCUGGGACGCAGCCCCGCCCCCCUGGCCCGCACCUUGGGAAACCCCGGAGCUACCGCCCCACAGGAAGGAGCGUUUCGGAGCCAGUGGCCCGGCAAGUUACAGUGAACCCACUGCAGGGAGAUACCUGCCCUCGAACCCCAGGUCUGGACUAGAGGAAGUGGAAUAUUACCAGUCAGAGGCUGAAGGACUCCUGGAUUGCCAUAAAUGCAAAUACUUGUGCACUGGGAGAGCCUGCUGCCAGAUGCUGGAGGUGCUCCUGAACUUGUUGAUCCUGGCCUGCAGCUCUGUGUCUUACAGUUCCACAGGGGGCUACACGGGCAUCACCAGCCUGGGGGGCAUUUACUACUACCAGUUCGGAGGCGCUUACAGUGGUUUCGAGGGCGCCGAUGGGGAGAAAGCACAGCAGCUGGACGUCCAGUUCUACCAGCUGAAGCUGCCCACGGUCACUGCGGCGAUGGCCUACAGCGGAGCCCUCAUGGCCUUCUGCUGCCUCCUUGUCCUCCUGGGCGUCCUGCGGGUCCCGUGGCACUGCCCUCCAUGGCUGCUGAUUGAAGGCUCGUUGGACGUGCUCAUCGCGGGGGCCUAUGUCCCCGCUCUGUACUUCUACUUCCACCAGCUCUCGGCUGCCUAUGCGUCCCCGGUGUGCAGAGAGAGGGAGGCGCUGUACCAGAGCAAAGGGUACAGCGGCUUCAGCUGCACUUUCCACGGGGGGGAUAUAGGAGCUGCGGUCUUUGCCGUCCUGAGCAUCGGGCUCUUUGCUCUGGGGGCUGUGCUGGCCAUCCGAGGUUACCGGCAGGUCAGGAAGCUCAAAGAGAAGCCUGCAGAGAUGUUGGAGUUUUAGGCCUUUUAAGCCAACCCGCCAAAUGUCAGCGGUGGAAGUUACUCUGAACCACUGUCUUUCACGGAAUACUUGGCCAUGGGACUUGCCUGCAGUUGAAGAGGGUGAGGCUAACAUCAGUGUCCUGGGGGGGCCAACAUCGGUGUCCCGGGGAAACUCCAGGUUACACGGAGCAGCGUUCUCUGAGGUUAUAAGUUCUCGAGUCCUCUGCUGGUGAGCGAGUCAAAGUUACUGAAACAGACCAAAACUGGAAGUCAGGACCCAUGAGGAAAAGGCACGGGCUGCAGCAAAAUGCACUUUUGAUUAGCUCAAGGGAGAUAACCCCGUGAAUCUGAAGAACCAUAUGUUCCAAGUUGGUGGAAAGCCCCAUACACGAGAGACAACAUUCCGGCUUGAACUUUUGUAAACACAGCUGUCUUAAGCGGAUGAGACCCAAAGUUUUUCCACACUGAGGGCUUGGAUCCUUCAAUUCCCUGAUGCUCUGCAGGCAGGGUGUAGGGAAGCUGGGAGACACCGCCUGUAAGUUGGAGGUAGGCGUGGGCCGAGCAAAGAGGAAUCAGAUUCAUUCAGUGGGCUGCAAAGAAGCUAUUCUAACAAGCCCCUUCCAACGGUUUUGAAAACUCAAUAAGUGUUUUGUACCUCUUGUAAAUGUACCAUUGUACGGAGAAUUAAACCCAACAUCUGGAAUUCAGGAUCCAUCCAGAAUAAAAGAAUGUAAAAUCUUUCCCAACAGAAGAAUGCACUUUUGGCCAGACGGCUUCAUGGGUUCUUACUGCAUGUUAAAUUGUGACUUCGGGAACAUUACAACAUAUUCUGGGUACAAGUGAAUAUGAUCUUUGCUUUACGUAAAUCCAAUAAGAGUCCAAAGAAAAAAUUUAACUUGGAGGUGAUGCUUCUCUUUACAGCACAUUUUUAACAGUAUACCCUUAAACACAGGCAACUCGUCAUAUUUAAAAGGGGAGUUCCAUUUGGGUUUAGAAGGUGAAAUAAAUGCUUAUCUAUGAUUAGACAGUUUCUUGAAGAAUACAUAAGAAAGCAUGAAGAGUAUUGGCUUCCGGAGAGAGGGAGAUUUUAUUUUCCAUUUUAGCAUAGCUUGACUGCACGUUUCAGUUUUAUUUCAGAGAAAUAAAAAACUUGAUUUGCUCCCCUCUUUUUUCACAUUUACAGUGCAAACACAGAAGUAGAUGUCUAAUUAAGCGGGAUAUUACAUGAUCAGCCACGAAACCAGCCUCCCCCAAAAAGACCCCAUAACGAAUAACAAAAAUAUCAUGUCUGUUUUGGUCUCCACGUCCCUCUCUAGAGCCCUCGCUCUGCUCACUUUCCAGAGACUUGUCCCAUUCUACCAUCAGAAUAAACUGCUGGCGCUGGCAAUCA